AUGAAGUUUGGUGCAAAGUUCCAGAGUUACACCGUGCCUGAGUGGCAAGAGCACUACGUAGAUUACCAGUGUUUGAAAGCGCUUCUCAAGCAGCAGAAGAGGCGACUGGCUGCAGUAGAUGCUCCCGGAUAUCUUGCAAAGUUUUUUCCGACUAGAUGGCACCCAAAUGCUGACAAGGCGCCUGACAGUGUCGGGAUCGCGAGCGCAAAAAAGCUGGACGGUUCCACGUUGCGAUGCGCGUCUUCCCAACUGUGCGCAGGCCUCCCUUUGCAAGCCGCUGCGAGUGCCUUUGGCAGUGGGGUUGCCGAGGAAAAAACACAACACUCAUCGAACGGCAGCGCGCAGAGGCUUGAGAUCCUCAAGAAUGUCGCCACGACGAAUUCGAUCCCACUUGCCGGAAGCUACCAAGAGUCCCCUGAUGCUGUAAAACAACCGCUCCUGCAGUCUCCGCAGUGGCAGCGAGAGGGCUGUCAGAUCGGCGUCACUUCGCCUGCGGAGGGGCAGCAAGGCGGCUCUUCUGCACGCAAGCUUGAGGCGUUGAGAGUCGAGUGCGUAGAGGCCUUUCGCGCUGCUGUGGAGAAAGAAAAGACGAAAGUGGCUGCCUUCUUCAAGGACGAGUUAGGCUUCUUGGAAGACAAGCUGCACGCUGUUUCGACGGAACUGAAGGCAUUUUCGGCUGCACGGAGGCGGCGAGCUCUCACCAAGAACGCAGAGGGGUCUGCGAGGACUCGCGCCACUUGCCUCGAGAAAACAGCGUCUACGACGCACUCAAAAAGCGGGCUCUCUUCUUCUGCACUGGCGGGGGUGGGAGAGGCGGAAGAAACUGCUCUGAGUAGCCAACGCUCUGCAAGAGCACUGUACCGCCAAGUCGCUGGAGAGGAUUCUGAGCUUUCUUUGGAUGUGCUGCCUCUGCGGACUGCAGAGGGGCUGUCUGUAGCACUCUCACCCUUCGUGGGGAGAGUCGGACCAAGAGGCUGCCGCUGUGCGGUGCUUGCGUGGGAAUUUAAAUGCUCUUUUGCGGUGCUGCGUCUGAGGCUUGCCUUUGCCUUGUCUUUCCUGUGGUUUGCUACGGCAUCCGCGAUGGCAGUCAUGGAGCGCUACGGCGUCAACUACCGCUUCCUCCUGGAUCUUGCCCCGAGAGGCAAGGCGUCCAGUAUAUCUUUUUUCGCAACUGCGGCAUUACACUUCGUUGUCACAACUGCAACCUGCGUCCUGUAUCUCGCGGAUGCCAGACUGCGUCUUAUGGGAGGCAGCCAAAUGUAUCACAUAUAUCCACUUGGUUUGCUGCUCCUGCAGCUGCUCCUGCUGCUUAUUCCCUCUCGUUCACUUACUUACAGGGCACGGCGGCAAGUCUUGGCGGAGCUCUACACGGUGCUGAAGGCUGGUGUCUUCGCCGUGAGAGACGUCAAACUUGUAGCCAACAUCAUCGGGGAUGUUCUAACCUCCCUGGCAAAACCCCUAGGAGACCUUCACUACCUCGUCUGCUACUUGAGGCGAGCUGCGCUUGCCAUACUGCACAGGUUGAUUCCAGAUGCCUAUGCCCUGUUUCGAUGCGCAGAGGCGGGCUGUGGAUGUAUACACUUGAUGAACAUGGCGAAAUACGCUUGCGGCAUCCUGGUGUUGAUUACUACAAAUGCUCCAUGGCUGGAUUGGGGUGUCAGUGUAUACGCCAUGUGUCUCUUGUGGGUUUUCUCGUACUGCCUCGGGUCCCUCUUCAUGCUGUACUGGGAUGUGCGGGUGGAUUGGGGUCUUUUGCCGACUCCAGAUCGCUUUAUUCGCAUGCAAGGCCGACUCAUGUAUCCAGCGUGGAUGUACGGUGCAAUUGCGGUCACCAACGCGAUGGGGCGCCUCACGUGGGCUAUGACCCUAAUGCCAAUCUCCUUUGUCGGCAACAAAUCCUUAAGCGGCAAUUUGGUGUUGUUGUUUAUCUCGGUUGUGGAAAUCCUGAGGCGCGGAGCGUGGGUUGUCCUUCGCUUGGAAAAUGAGCAUGUUAACAAUUCCUCCCGCUUCAGGGCCAUAUUAUGGGUUCCUCCGCUCCACCAAACACGACUCGAGAUGUUGGAGGGAGAUCCGCUGAUCCAAGCCAACAGCCCGUCAUCCUUCGCCCAGACCAAAGGCGCCUCCGCUCGUGGUGGGCAGCAGCAUGAGCUCAGCGGCUUUAGUUCAAACGUGUAA